AUGGCCAACACUUAUGAUUUCGUUAUAGUAGGAAGCGGGCCAGCUGGGAGCGCUCUGGCGGCCGGUCUAGCAAACUCAAAAGCGAAACCAUCCGUACUGCUGCUCGAGGCAGGCGGAGAUGAUAACGACCGCAACCUACGCGUCGAUGGCCAGCGAUGGCAGACCUUUAUGCGGGAGAAUAUGAACUGGGGGUUCAAGACGGUACCGCAAAAGGAGUGCGCUGACCGAGAGAUCGACUACUCCCGCGGCAGGGUGCUCGGCGGCUCGAGCGCCAUCAACUUUGGCGUCUACACCGUGGGCGCCCGCGACGACUAUGAAGAGUGGGCGCGCCUCACGGGCGACGACGCCUUUGGAUGGGACCGGAUACAGGGCCGUUACAAGGCCCUCGAGACCUUUAACGGCAAGCUGCCGCCCGGAGUCGAUGCCAAGUACGCGGCCCCAAAGGACUCGAACCACGGCUUCUCGGGUCCCUUGAAGACGGGAUACGCGGCCGAGUGGGAGGAUGACCUCCCACCCAUGCUCGACAUCUUUCAACAAAAUGGCUUCCAGCUGAACCCCGAUCACAACUCGGGAGAUCCGCUUGGAAUGUCGGUGCUCAUCAACACGGCUGCAGGCGGUCUCCGGUCAACAUCAAGAGACCUCUUCACGCCGCAGCCAGAGAACCUGACCAUUCUCAGCAACUCGCCGGUCCAGCGCAUUGUUCUCAACGGGAAGAAGGCAGUUGGCGCCGAGAGCAAUGGAACCAAAUAUUAUGCAAACAAAGAGGUUGUACUAUCUGCAGGUGCCCUAAACAGCCCCAGGAUACUCAUGCACUCGGGAGUUGGACCUGCAGACCAGCUGAAAAAGUUCAACAUCCCAGUAGUACAGGGUAUUCCCAAAGUGGGACAGGGGCUCCGCGACCACGAAUUCUCCCCCGUCGUCUUCAAACGCAAGGAGGGCAGCACGGGGCGCUCAGCCUUUUACGGCGACGACAAGGUGAUGCAAGAGGCCCUGAAGCAAUGGGAGGCGGACGGCACCGGUCCCUGGGCCAAGUUUGCGUGCGAGACGGGCAUUGGCUUCUUCAAGCUCGACGCCCUGACGUCGUCGGACGAGUUCCGGGCCCUGCCGCCGCAGGAGCAGGCCUACCUCCAGUCGCCGACGGUGCCGCACAUGGAGGUGAUUACGCACUUCCCCAUGCACUGGUUCCUGCCCAACUUCCCGGCCGAGAACCUCGACUACAGCUGCCUGCUGGCCUUUCUGCUCAACUCGCAGGCCCGCGGCGAGGUCAGGCUGCAGUCGGCCGACCCGGACGCGCCCUUGCUCUUUGACCCAAAGUUCCUCGAGCACCCCUUUGACCAGCGCGCCGCCAUCGAGUCGCUGCGCGCCGUACUGCGCGUCGCAAAGUCCGAGGCCUUUAGCCAGGACACGGUGGCGCAGCUCGUCGGCCCCGUCUCGGACUCGGACGAGGACCUGCUAGCCUACUGGCGGCAGACGCUGUCGUCGUCGUGGCACAUGACGGGCACGCUCAAGAUGGGCCGGAUCGGCGAUGCCGACGCCGUCGUGGACCCCGAGUUUCGCCUGAUCGGCUUUGAGAAGCUCCGCGUCGCUGAUAUGAGUGCCGUGCCCAUCCUGGCCAGCGGCCACACUCAGGCGAUUGCCUACGUGACGGGCUUGACGGCUGCUGAGAAGCUGAGGGCCGAGUAUAAUCUAGACUAA